UAUCAAAAUAGUAGUACAGAUUGAAUCGCACAGAUGGCAGUACAUUUGCAUGAAAGACAUCUGCAUCGAAGCAGAUAAACUUACGAAGUGUUUAUUAUCGAAGUAAAUUAAAAAAAUAAUUUGUCAAUGGAAAAAUCCUUGCAAAAUUGGACACCUUAUGCAAUAGAAUAUGAUCCUUUAAAAGCUGGUAGUAUAGAUGGGACCGAUACAGAGCCUCACGACAAAGCUGUUAGUCGGGCUAUGCAAGCACAUUAUGAACCUCCUCAUGGUUUAAAAUCUAAACCUGAAAGAACGCUUUACGUAGCUAGAUUUGGAUCAAAGAUAACGAAGCAAGAUUUAAAAGAGUUUUUUUCUAGAUACGGAGAGGUAUUAUCGGUAAAAGUUAUAAUAGAUUUAGUUACUGGUCUCUCUCAAGGUUAUGGUUUUGUAGAAAUGAGAAACAUAGACGAAGCAAAAAGAGCAGUAAGACGUUGUACAGAUAUAACACUGAAAGGAUAUCAAAUUUUUGUAGACUUUGAAUGCAGUCGUACCAUGAAAGGCUGGAAACCUAGAAGAUUAGGUGGUGGCUUCGGAGGAAAGAAAGAAUCUGGUCAGUUACGAUUUGGUGGAAGAGAUAGACCAUUUAAAAAGCCAAUAAUACCUAACAUUAUAAAAUCGUGAUAUCGAUUUAACAAAUGUUUAAUGUAUUAAGUGAAAAUUAGAACGUAGAAAGUAACCUUGACGAUUUUCUAUGUUAUAUAUUAAUAGAUGUUUCUUUUUUUUAAUUUUUUUUCUCAAUUUUCUUUUUAUAAAUAUAAUUUAUGAACGUAUUUAUAAAUGUAAUCGAAUACACGUGAUAUUAUAUAGGAAACUGUCCGAUCGUUUAGCAAAAGUGACUGAUAUACGAAAUCAAGAUUUUAAUGUUCUUUUUUUUUUUUUUUUUUUAAACGUCGACGAUGUGAACGUGUCGACGUCUCGACGUUGUCUGAUCUUUGAAGACGCUUACGCGGAACUUUAUACUUGGACGUUGUUGCGCCCUCUCUCGUCCGCAAGGCUCACCAUAUAAGGAGGCUCCUCUCGUCGCGUGGACUUCAAAACGCUUUUGAAGAUUUAGAACUUUAGCAAGCAAACCUUUAACAACGUUUUCAUCUUCGAUAAAGAUUGUUCUAUCUAUUUCGUCGAGUAUAGAAAGAAUUUUAUUGCACUUUACACCGUAUCGUUCGACUUGAAUCCUCGAGGAUCAAUUAAUCCAAAUUGGCGCUUGAUUCUUGGAUUCCUAUUUUGUCGUUUGUACCGCCAUCACGAUUCGUUCGCGAGCUUUUCUCUUUUUUUUUUUUCUUGCCUUCUUAAUUUCUUUUUCACCUUGGUUUUUUUUUUAUUUCACUCAUUUAUUUAUUAUAAUUAUUAUUCCUUUUUUUUUUUUGUAUUUUUCACGGAAUCACGAUAACGUAUGCGAGAGGACGCGUUAUUUUCCAUUAAGAACAAAAGUAGGGGAAAACUCAGAUUAUUGAUGAUCGAACGAUGACGUAAAUUGGAUAACAUUAGUACUAACCUUUAGUAUAUAUUUGAUAUAUAUAUAUAUAUAUAUAUAUAUAUAUAUAUAUAUAUAUAGAAAGAGAGAGAGAGGUUAGAGGUAUGCGUGAUCAAAGACAAGUUUUUCUAAAUACGAUAGAUUUUAACAGGCACACGUGUGCGCGCCUGUAGAUAAAGAUAAAGAUAGAAAGAAACUCAAACGUGAUAGUUAUUCGUUCGAAUUACAUUAUGUAAGAGAAAAUCUAAAGAAAUAAAAUUUUGAAUGAUGA